UAUCAGCUGCCUGCUUUGAGCAUAACUUGACCAGGACAUCCCUCGUCACACCCCUGAUUUUUGGUCUGCUUCUGCAGCCACCACUUACACAGCCUUCCAUCAUCACACAGCCAAACAUCGUCCUAUUGAUGGCUGAUGAUCUCGGCAUAGGGGAUGUAGGUUGCUAUGGGAAUGAUACUAUCAGGACCCCGAACAUUGAUCUCCUGGCAAAGGAAGGAGUGAAACUGACCCAACACAUCGCUGCGGCUCCACUUUGCACCCCCAGCAGAGCAGCUUUCUUCACUGGCAGAUACCCGCUCCGAUCAGGGAUGGAUGCUAUAAACAAUUACCGUGUUAUAUUUUGGAAUGGCGGCUCAGGAGGGCUUCCUCCAAACGAAACCACUUUUGCCAAAAUACUGCAGCAGCAAGGCUACAGCACAGGACUAAUAGGGAAGUGGCAUCAAGGUGUUAACUGUGAAUCCCGCAAUGACCAUUGUCAUCACCCUUUAAACCACGGGUUUGACUAUUUUUAUGGGAUGCCUUUUACGCUAAUAAGUGACUGCCAGCCAACAGAAACACCAGAGAUGGACAGAGUCUUUAGAGGGAAACUCUGGCUUUACACUCAGAUGAUUGGCCUCGUUGCACUCACCGCUGCCCUGGGAAGAGUGACCGGCUUGAUUUCAGUCCGCUGGAAAACUCUGACCUGCCUUGUUGGGUUUAGUCUCCUGUUUUUUGUAUCCUGGUUCUCAAGUUACGGGUUUGUACAACGCUGGAACUGCAUUAUGAUGAGAAACCAUGAAAUUACUGAGCAGCCAAUGGUGACAGACAGGACUACGUCCCUUAUCCUGAGAGAGUCCAUUUCGUUUAUUGAAAGAAAUAAGCACAAGCCAUUCCUCCUCUUUCUUUCCUUUUUACACUCCCACACCCCUCUCCUCACCACAGAGAAAUUUCUUGGGAGGAGCCGUCAUGGUUUAUAUGGAGACAAUGUAGAGGAGAUGGACUGGAUGGUGGGCCAGGUUCUAAAUGCUAUUGACAAGGAAGGCUUGAGAAAUACUACACUAGUUUACUUUGCCUCUGAUCAUGGUGGAUGGCUGGAAAGACAAGAAGGCAACAGGCAGCUGGGUGGCUGGAACGGAAUAUACAGAGGUGGAAAAGCUAUGGGAGGCUGGGAAGGAGGGAUCCGUGUCCCGGGGAUAUUUAGGUGGCCAGGUGUGUUACCUGCAGGCACAGUUAUCGAUGAACCUACAAGCCUUAUGGACAUUUAUCCUACAGUAGUUCAUCUGGCUGGAGGGGUACUACCCCAGGACAGGGUAAUUGAUGGCCGGGAUCUGAUACCUUUACUGCAAGGAAAAGCUGAGCACUCAGAGCACGAGUUCCUGUUCCAUUACUGUGGCAUUCACUUACAUGCUGUGCGGUGGCACCAGAAGGACAGUGGAGCCAUCUGGAAGGCUCAUUAUGUGACCCCCAUCUUCCAUCCUCUCGGAGCUGGGGCUUGUUAUGAUAGAGGAUUUUGCCCAUGUUUUGGGGAAGGUGUGACCCAUCAUGACCCUCCAUUGCUGUUUGAUCUCUCGCGAGACCCUUCUGAAGCCAAACCUUUGUCGGCUGACACCGAGCCCCUCUUUGACGCUGUGAUAAGGAAGAUUGGAAGAGCCAUAGAAGAGCAUCGCAGGACACUGACUCCAGUCCCAGAGCAGCUCUCCGUGUACAACGUGGUGUGGAAGCCAUGGCUGCAGCCAUGCUGUGGGACGUUCCCAUUCUGUUGGUGCGAUAAGGAAGGUGAUAAUUAACUUGCUGAGCUAUAAAGGAAAGAACCAAAGUUGGUUCUUCAAAAGUGGUUUUAGAGCAAGAGUGUUUUCUUUGAGGGUGUUG